CCAUGAUUUUAACGCAUGCUCAAAUUGUUUUGGCUACCAAUAAAGUCAAUGCCAUAUUACUUAAAUGCAUAAUAAUUUAGCAGCAGGCAUUAUUAUCUUCCAAAAAAUAUUUGGUUGAUUAUAUAAUUAAUAAUUCAAAUGAUAUUUUUAUUUUACGUGAUUUAACAUUUUUGCCGGUCUAUGCUACGUAGUAAAUGGCGUUACCAAUUGUGAAUACCAGCAAUGUGUUGUGAUAUUUAUGAACUGCCGUUUAUAGGAAGUAAUAUUUGUUGUUAAAUCAUUGGAGAGGUACAAAGCACCAUGUCACAGUUUGGAGCGACUGCAAAAAAUCCACCGUGGGUUAGGACGACAGCUCAAACGAUGGCUACUGGUGUGACUCAGCAGCAACAGCAGCUCCAAACGCAGAUGAUGGGGCAGACCACUAUGGUUGCCAACCCGACCAUGGUUCAGUAUCAGCAGCCACAAGUCUUCCAGACACCGAUGGGAAUGCAACAGGCUGGAAUGACCAUGACGUCAAUGACAGGUGCAAUCGGUGCUACAAGUGUUGCAAUGCCAACAGCACUUGGAGGGACUCAGAUGUUCCCGCAGGUGGCCACGGUGAGCUACCCAACACCGCGGGCACUCAACCCAGCAGCUUUCCAGACUGCUCCUACAGUUGCUGCAGUCCCUCCAGUACCCCCUGCAACCCCCAAUCCUUCACCGAAACAGAGGGUCUUCACUGGCACCGUUACUAAAGUCCAUGACAAUUUUGGAUUUGUUGAUGAAGAUGUUUUCUUUCAAACAAGCUGCUGUGUGAAGGGCUCAAACCCAGUUGUUGGAGACCGAGUGUUGGUGGAAGCCUCAUAUAACCCCAAUAUGCCAUUCAAGUGGAAUGCUACCAGAAUCCAGGUGCUUCCCAUGACAGGUGCCCCCACUGCUCGGACCCAGAGUACUCUUAGCAAAGGCUUCACUGCUACAGCUCAGAACAGUUACAACGCUGUUCCUCCUCCAGAUGAAAACUCUGGAAGCAGUUUCGGACGAAGUAGUCGUAAACCGAGCGUGAGCAGUGGACGCAGGGACCGCUCAAAAGAACGUACUCGUGAUGCAGAAGAAGACGAGACGGAAAGGAAGAAAAGAAGAGAAGAGAGGGCAAGGGAGCGAGAGGAAAAGGAAAAGAGAAGUCCAUCAGUUCGUCGCCGUAGCAAGAGUCCACGUCCAGUGCCAAGAAGAAGAGCUAGAAUAGUUCCUCGCUACAUGGUGCAGAUACCUAAGAUUGCUCUUGAUAUGCCUGAAGCUGAUGUUUUGGAGUUGCGAAGGCGGUACGCAAACAUGUAUAUCCCAUCAGACUUCUUUUCUACCAAUUUCCGUUGGGUAGACGCAUUUCCGCCUCAUAACCCAUUCACCCUGGAACAACCUUGCUCGUUUCAUGUGAUGAACAAGGAGGUUGACGCUGUAUUAGAGAACCUUGCUGUGCUGGAGCCUCCAGAUGCUGAUUACCUUUUCUCUGCCAAGACUGCUGUGAUCAUUUACCUUGUGUACUUUGCUCUGUCAAAGAGGAGCGUUAUGGCAUCCAUGAGGCCUUAUCGUGAAAUUUUGAAAGAAAGAAAGAAGAAAUCACGACAGUUCACACUACAUGCCUUCUUUGAGAAACAUGACGCUCCUCAACCAGGGACUUCGUUGAGAACUAACGCCGCUUCAUCACGCCAUCGCUCAUUCAUCUGGCGGCCAUGGACUUCCAGACUUGCUUGUCGCUCAUUCGCUUCUGACGCUAAGGUAGCUGAUGUUGCUUGUAAUGCGAGGGUAACUUCUGACCCUGACAGGUAUCGGUUCCUGGAGAUUUACUACCGGCGAGGCGAGUCUACUCACAAAGGGCGUGUGGUGCCAGCGCGGGUUGAAACAGUGGUACUAUUUCUCCCAGAUGUUUGGAGCUGUGUUCCGACACGCCUAGAGUGGGACGGCCUUCAUCUCAACUACAAGAAACAGCUGGAACGCAAGCUGAAAGCAGACCAAGAUGGCACAGAUGGAGUCAAUGCAGAUGAAAAGGAAGGCGAAGAAAGUACAAGUGAGAUCAAAAAGGAACCAACACACUUCUCUGAGCUGGAUCCAAAGGGCAUGAAGGUGAAUGAACUUCGACAGGAGUUGGAGGCACGCACCUUGAGCCCAAAGGGGCUGAAGUCUCAGCUUAUAGCUCGACUCACCAAGGCCAUCAAGACUGAGGCAGAGAAGGCUGAGGAGGAUGAAGUGAGGAAGGGAGAUGACGCUGAGCCCGUUCCCAAACAGGAGAUGGAGGACAAAGAUGAUGAGAAAAAGAAGAAAGAGGAGGAGGAGAAGAAGAAGCAAGAUGAACGAGAACGAAUUGCCAGGGAGAAGCGAUAUGCAUUGCCAGAGUCUCCUCAUAUUGUUGUCCAUCCCUCGCGUACAGCUAAAUCAGGCAAAUUUGACUGUACCGUCAUGUCUCUGUCCCUUCUUCUUGAUUAUCGGCCAGAAGACACCAAGGAACACUCUUUUGAAGUUUCUCUGUUUGCGGAGCUCUUCAAUGAGAUGUUGAUGAGAGACUUUGGAUUCCGGAUAUAUCGAGCUUUGAAUGAUGCUCCUGAGCGUGCUAAAGAAGAUGAAAAGGAUCGAAAAAAGGAGCGUGACAAGAAGGAUGAGAAAGAUAAGAAGGACAGGAAAGAUGAUAAGAAGAAUGGCAAGAAAGAAGACAAGGAUGAUAAGAGAGAAGACAGAGAUAAAAGAGAGGAUUGUAAGAGUAAAAUUGAUGAGAAGGAGAAAGAUAGAGAGAAAAAUGAAGAUAAAGAUGAUGAUGAUGAAGAAGAUGAUGAUGAUGAGGAGGAUGAAGAUUCAAAAGACAGCAAGAAGGAGAAAGAAAGAGAUGACAAAGACAGAAAGAGAGACAAAGAUAAGGACAAAAAGAAGAAGGAACGAUUGAAGCUGUAUACUGAGGAUCCACAUUUACUCUUAGCAUUUGUAUAUUUUGAUCAGUCUCAUUGUGGAUACAUAUUUGAUAAGGAUAUUGAAGAGCUUCUAUACACACUGGGACUGAACCUGUCAAGAGCACAGGUGCGAAAGCUAGUCCAGAAGAUGGUGACACGGGAUUCAUUGCACUACAGGAAACUCACAGACAAACCAAAAGCAAAGGAGGAAGAUAAUAAAGAUAGUGACAAAAUGAAAGAUGCAGCAAGAGAAAAGAGUAAAGAGAAAGAUCCAGCAGUAGGAGAAGCAUUAGCAGCUCUUGCUUUUGGUAACAAACGAUUGUUGCCAGUGUUUUCUGCAGGUGGCUCCCCACCGUCAAAACGUGCGAGGAAGGACACAGAAGAUCCUCCCAAGGACAAACCAGCUAUACCUGAUGGGUUUGUGCUCUACAAGGGUGGACUUCUGGAUGUGGAGAAGCUGAUGGGUCAACUGAAACGAAGCGAGAAGGCUCGGACUGACACAGAACAGAAGAUGCUGGUUCUGAAGGAGGAAGUCAGCGGGCUGAAGGAGACAGCAACCAAGUCUGCCAAUACAGUAAAUGAGCUGUCAGCGCAACUUCACGACUACAAGGAGAAGUUACGAAUCACUGAUCAGGACCUUGCCAAAGUGAAGAUGAAUGCUGAGACUUUCUUUGUUACACUGCAUGAAAUUCAAGAGAAGAUUGUGCCUGUGUUGAAUUCAGGAGAUGUUCAAAUAGUUCACAUGGACAUAAAAGACGAAACGUUAUCGGACAUCGUGGUGAAGCACGAAAGUCAACAUGAGAGUCGAUGGGGCGAUAAGGUGGAUCGACAGGAUGAGAAGAAGAAGGUGGAAACAAUAAAAAGUGAAACUGCAAUGGAGUGUAAAUGAACUGUGUGUGUAUGUGAGUGGCUUUGAGAUCUUUCUUCGAAAUGCUCGAUAGAAGGUCUGGAGAACUUAUUCAUUGUUUGAUAUUUUAUUGUUUUUAUUUAUAACAAUAAGAAGCACAAUAUUUUAUAAUAAUAAAUAUUGGUUGUUAAUGUAUUCAGACCUGUAGUUGAAAAUUUUCAGUGUAAUCAGCUGAAUUCCUGUGGUUGGAAAUUUCUGAUGUCACACAGGGUUUAUGAUCUGUUCUUGUAGUCUGUCUCAGUCACUUUUUGGCUGUUAUGAGAUGUUAUUUAUAGAGAACAGUUUAGUCAGUAUGUGAGAAAGAAAAUUAUCACUGAAAUAUUGAUUCUUGAAGGUGUUCUAAACAUUUUGUCACAAAACUUGCCUUUUUGAUAAAAUGGCAGGAGUACUUGUGUAGUACUGAAUUUUCAUCGUGGUCUGAAUAUGUUAUAUGUAUUUUGAGUGUAUCCAUAAAUUUGUUUGCACUAAAAUAUGUUUAUAUUGAUCUGGAUGAGAAUUGAGUGAAUGAAUUUAAUAUAGUACAAAAAUUUCUUUAUUAAAGGUGACUGCACCCAGCAGGGCGUUACGCUGAAACGAGCGUAUUAUUGAAUUUUGGUUAUUCACAGCUAUGAAGAUGUCAGUGUCGGUAAUCUGGAGAAACAUACUGUCUCGAUCUUCAGGGCUGAAGUGCUCGGAAAUUGGAGACGGUAUGUUUCUGAAACAUUAGAAUCUACAUGCAAGCUACACAGCAUUACAGCCAGUAACACCAACAUUGAUAGUGGUAAUAUUUGUUUUGUGUAUCCAUUUCAUGAAGCAGUACCUGAGAUGGGCUGGGCAUGUAGCGUGCAUGGAUGGGACAAGAGGUGUGCACCAGGUACUGGUUGGGAAACCUGAAGGGAAGAGACCGCUGGGGAGACCUAGACGUAGAUGGGAGGAUAAUCUCAGGCGGGCUAUAUGGGAGAUAGGCGUUGAAAGAGACUGGAUUUUGUUGGCCCAGGACAGGGUCCGGUGGAGGGCUUAGGUUAAUUCGGUGAUGAACCUUCAGGUUCAGUAAGCCAUCUAGUUACUUAGUUAGUUAGUACCUACGCUGAUAUCUUUUGUGAAUUCCUUGGGGCUAAAUAAAUGUUUCAUGGGGUGUGCAUGGAAA